ACAUACGACAUUAGUACUGUGGGAUCUGCCCAGGCAUCAGAGCCGCCACAAUUCCCGAGCUGCAUUCCUUCGACAUUCACCGCGCCACAGACAGAACUUAAAGAGCUAAGGCCUGACGGCCUCGAUCAUGUACUAGCGGACCGUAACAUGGAAGAUUCAGAAGUCCUUAGAGCGCUUAAGAAUUCUUGGAUACCUUCCAAGGCACCCCAUAGUCUGGGAUUCACGGAUUAUACUGAACGGGUCAGCCAAGUCAAGGGACCGGGCUUGAACUCAGCUAAGGAAACGUCAACUGAGAUGGAAUGCUUUCCAUUCCCCAUGCGCGAUUCUAGUCUCGUAUACACCUCAAAUUGCCCUGAGCCGGCAACCCGAGUGACAUCUUUGACAGCACUGCCGGAGCAAAAGCUUAAAGAGCCAAGGCCUGACGGCCUUAACUCUGUUCUAGAAGGACGGGAAGCAGCCCAUGCUGAGGAUUCAAGAGCCGCUGCAGGUCCCUUGGCACUGUCUGGUCCAAAUUCUACGGGAAUUGUCGAGCACGUCGAUACCGCUAAGGGAACAGCUGCAGCACAAGAUUUCCCGUGCAUGCAUCAUGAGCCCGUUGUUGCAGAGCCGUUGCCUGUGACUGCUCAGAACUCAGAGACUGGAUGUACCGUUGUCAAGCCUGGAUCAACGGAGGCAGCAAUGAUAGCUCGCAUUGCACCGAAGUCUUUCACCGGACUUGAAAUCUGUUUUCUUGCUAACUUCUUGACUGCUCAAGAGAAGCCCGUUGUCCACGCCGAAGUCACUGAAGUCACACACCCGCCAGAAAGCUGUGAACGCUCCAGCGGGAGCCAUGAGGAUUCCUUAUGCCGAUCCCAAGAGCUUAGCUCCAACAGUUAUGACAAUCGUGUCGGGAAUUCAGAUCUGGAGUUCCCUCCAAGCCAGCCGCGAUGGUUAGGACCGCAUAUGGUAGACAAGAGACUUCGCAGCGGCGCCCUUGUGUUGCAAGAGUUAGAUGGUGAAGAGUCAAUAAUCCGAGAACCCGUUAAGCCUUCCGAAGGUUAUGAGGAACCAGACAACGAGGCAAAUUAUGCGUCCUACGCCACUAAGCCUAGACACCUGACUCCGCCCAAGCCCUGGGAGCUCAAGGACGAGAAGCUAGCUGAGUAUUGGCAGGAGAAAUACGAGAGCGUGCACGCCAGAGCCGAGAAUCCAGACCUGGGGUCCCAUCCAAGCCAACACGAACAUGAAUUCGAGAAGUUCAUCGAUGAGGACACCCAAUUUUGGAAUUCCCGCCAUGCCACUCAGCUCAAGGAAGACGGUGACCUGAAGACUUUCCCCCCUGGUCCCCCUGACCUGUUUUAUCGGCUAUCCUGGGGCGGGAAGGGCUCUUAUAUUCUUCAAAAUUCUUAUUCCACGCGAAGUGAUCCUGAGCAUAAGUUAGAAGUCAAGUUAUUAUUGGGCAGGCCGACUAUUGAGGUUAUACACUCGGACAAGAGCCCCAUGCUUGUUGCCGCUCCCGCCACUGAGGCCAGCGGCUCGACUAAUGACGAAACUCCCUUAAGAACUAUGCAACGCGAGCUCGACCGCUACCCCCUGUUUCCCUUCGAGUGCUCCAUGGGCUACGGCAACCCUAAUGCGCCACACACACGUCGCCGUAGGAGUCGAGGACGCUAUCGACGCCGCCCACCAGAACCCAGCCGCGAAAGACUUCAAGAAGGCAGACGCGCCUUCCGACGAUCCCCCAUCCGUCAGCAAGAGACAGAUAACAACAAGACAGCACCUAGAAGAACGGCGUUGCCAUUCCUAAGGUCAACUCCCGUGGCGCCACCUGUCCAGAAGGUUGCACCACCCGCUGAUAGUCUCACUAGACCAAGUGAGAUGCCCGUAGCCAUAGUACCAGCGCCAAAGAUUCCACUUGCAAGGGAUUUUACCAUCAAGACCAAUGAGUGGACCCGUCGGGUUAGGGACAUAGACAAAGAAUCCGUCAAGAAGUUCUUUGGCGCUACGCCCGAAUUCCAACCACCCGCUGUGAUCCCCAGAGACCCCAAGGACGCACCCGCUGACGUCGAGCCAGUACUUAAGUCUCCCAGCCCCAUGGAUGAACACCCUAAGGCAGAGCGAGAUGUUAAAGGGCAAGCACGGGCCCAUACUGAAGAGGAUUCUGCCUCAAGGAAGACCUCAGUGUCACGUAGGAGUUCUCGUCGGGAAUCCGCUGCUCCCUCCUCAUGUUAA